AUCAGCCAUCAUUACACUAGUGGCCAUCAGUGGCUCCGGCAGGAUUCUAUUUCUUACUACGCAGAAGAAUCGCCUGCACUCUAGUAGGAAUGGAUGACAAUGGACCAGAUAAGGACUUUGCUGAGCUAAAGACCAGGGACAUCGGAGGAUGGGGUGUUGCACAGAUAGCUGCUGGCAGUGGGCUUGCUGUAUAUGCUAUGUGGGUGGGAAUCCUCCAGCCAGGCUUCCGAAAAGUCCCCUUGAGGCUACAGGUCCCAUACAUUCCUGCCAGCAAAGCUCAAGUAGACCAUGUAAUGACAUUGCUGAGAGGUCGAAAGGGAGGCCUUGUAGAUUUGGGAUCUGGUGAUGGUCGCAUUGUCUUGGAAGCCCAUCGGCAGGGUUUCACUCCUGCUGUUGGUUAUGAGCUCAACCCUUGGCUUGUUCUCAUGUCCCGCUUUCAUGCGUGGAGAGCAGGCCAUCAUGAAAAAGUAUCGUACCGACGUGAAGAUCUCUGGAAGGUCAACUUGACAGAAUGCAAGAAUGUCACAGUGUUUUUGGCUCCAAGCGUGCUUUCAUUAUUGCAGCAGAAGUUGGAGGCUGAGCUUCCUGAUGAUGCCUUAAUGGUAGCUGGUCGUUUUCCCUUCCCUGACUGGACACCCUGCAGGAUUGAAGGACAUGGUGUGGACAGGGCCUGGGCAUAUAGCAUGCAAGCACAAAGACGGAACACCUUCAAGAAAAAUGACAGACAGCUCACAGAUAUCGACCUCAACAAGGAACUAACCAAGGAGAAAGGAUCCACUUAAAGCUACAUGGGUGAUUUGUUUGUACAUUUGAUUUGUUAUUAGCAAAGUUUAAACCAGAAAUUCCUGAGCAAGGGUUUCUGUUAUAUUCAUAAAUGGAAAACCAUACCUUUGCCUUAAGAAAACUGUAGAUAUUUUAGGGAUUACCUGCCUGGGGGGGAGGGGGGUGAGUAAACUGCAUUUUGUUCUGCUGUGUUAAGUAUAUUCUAGAGAUUCUUUUAUUCCCGAUUUGAAUACCUGACCUUGCGUAUCGGCUAAUACUGAGCACAGAUCCGAUACCAGUGCGUAUGGAUGUGAUACAUUAUUGCUAUCAUUGUUGUAUGGCCUAGCUCAGGUUCAACGGCCUUUUAAACAUGAACAAAUACAUACAGAAAAUUAAUGUCAUAGAACUUUAUGUUUUUAUCAAGUUUCAAAGUUGGUCUUACAGUAAAAAGAACAUAAAUAAACUAUUUUAAAGUAGAUGGUGCUGCUAGUUUUGUACCUGUAUGAUGAGUAAAAAUGUAAAUGCUUUGUGUGUGAUGGUCAAAGGCCGUUAGUGCUGUGGAAAUGUCUUUGUCUCAGCAAGUUUGGAAUGUGGCUAUUCACGCUCUGACGUCAAAAGGGGUUAGUGUGUUUUCCCCCAAUCUCCCAAACAGAUUGUAACACUUGUUUUAUGGGGUCCAUAGUGUAUAAAGGGUACAUGCAGUAUUAUUGCAGCAGUAACAACAGUAUCCCUGUAGUACAUCCCUUGAUGGUAAAACAUACCCUCUGUAUACAUACUGUAUGUAGGUGCAUAUUUUG